UUUGCCGCGCAUGCGCGGAGGGCAGGGACUGUGGCACGGGGUCGGUGGCUCAAUUGCGCGCGAGCGGGCUUGAUUGUUUCCUCGCAUUUUUGAAAACAAAUUGUAAAGAAAGGGCGAGCGGCAGCAGCCUCCGUUCCGCAUGGUGAGAAUGGCGGAUAAAGAGGUUUAUGACGAUGCAGUGGAGGAGCGUGUGAUCAAUGAAGAAUAUAAAAUAUGGAAGAAGAAUACUCCAUUUUUAUAUGACCUAGUUAUGACUCAUGCAUUAGAAUGGCCAAGUCUUACUGUACAGUGGCUACCUGAUGUUACCAGGCCUGAAGGAAAAGAUUAUAGUAUUCACCGUUUGGUGUUAGGGACACAUACAUCUGAUGAACAGAACCAUUUAGUUAUUGCAAGUGUCCAGAUCCCCAAUGAUGAUGCUCAGUUUGAUGCUUCUCACUAUGAUAGUGAGAAGGGAGAAUUUGGUGGAUUUGGGUCUGUAAGUGGAAAAAUAGAAAUAGAAAUUAAGAUCAAUCAUGAAGGUGAAGUGAAUAGAGCACGUUAUAUGCCACAAAAUCCAUGCAUUAUUGCCACCAAAACUCCAACCUCUGAUGUGCUUGUCUUUGAUUACACCAAACAUCCAUCUAAACCAGAUCCGAGUGGUGAGUGUAAUCCUGAUCUGCGGCUACGUGGUCACCAAAAAGAAGGAUAUGGCCUCUCCUGGAACCCAAAUUUAAGUGGACACCUUCUUAGUGCUUCAGAUGAUCACACAAUCUGUCUUUGGGACAUCAGCGCAGGUCCAAAAGAAGGAAAGAUAGUUGAUGCUAAAACGAUAUUUACAGGUCACACUGCAGUUGUAGAAGAUGUAUCCUGGCAUUUACUGCAUGAAUCCUUGUUUGGAUCAGUGGCUGAUGACCAGAAACUAAUGAUCUGGGAUACGAGGUCAAAUAAUACUUCAAAGCCAAGCCAUUCUGUGGAUGCGCAUACAGCUGAAGUCAACUGCUUGUCUUUCAACCCAUAUAGUGAAUUUAUCCUGGCAACUGGCUCUGCUGACAAGACGGUGGCAUUAUGGGAUCUUCGAAAUCUUAAAUUAAAGCUUCAUUCCUUUGAAUCACACAAGGAUGAGAUCUUCCAGGUCCAGUGGUCUCCACAUAAUGAAACCAUUCUUGCUUCCAGUGGUACAGAUCGUCGUCUCAAUGUUUGGGAUUUAAGCAAAAUUGGUGAGGAGCAAUCAGCGGAAGAUGCAGAAGAUGGACCUCCAGAACUACUGUUUAUUCAUGGAGGCCACACUGCAAAGAUUUCUGAUUUCUCCUGGAAUCCAAAUGAACCAUGGGUAAUCUGUUCUGUUUCAGAAGAUAAUAUUAUGCAAGUUUGGCAGAUGGCUGAGAAUAUUUACAACGAUGAGGAACCUGACACACCAGCCUCAGAAUUAGAGAGUCAAGGAUCAUAAGCCUAGAUUUGCCAAUUAUUUUUAGGAGGUCUGGGGGGAGAAAAAUCGGACUGAUCAUCUUAAUACAAGUUUUCCAAAUGGUCCUUUCAAGUCAAGUGCUGGGGCUUGUGUAUAUAAAAAGCACUUGCGGAAAUUCUGGCGUGCAAUUCCUGCUAUUUUCAGUGUGUCGUACAGAAAUUUUGGAAGUGUUUUGAGAAUGCAAAGCCUGAUUUAUGCAUAGUACGUGAUUGUAUUUCAUCGCAUGUAUAAAAGCUUAAUAGCUUCUUGAAGUCUAAAGCACAUUGUAUAGUCUCACAGUAUGUUUUGUCAUUUAGCUUGCCCCUGGAAUGUGAUUGGCAGCAGGAUAUUGAAAUGGCGUAUGCAUGUCUCAAUUCCAGUGGAAGUGUGUUAGAGCUGAAGAAGUCUCAAGGAAAUAUUAUUCUUAUACUCUGGGGACAGGAAAAUAAUGAUUAUCCAAAGUGCACAUAGUACUUGGAAUUCUUUGCCUUACAUUUGUCCAAUGCUCUCCAGGCCCACUACACAUGCAUACGGUGGUGGGACAAACUGCCAAUAACUAUACAGCAUUUGUUGCUGGAGCACACCAAUUAUGUUGAUAAUUUAAAUAAUUGCAGUGUAUAUUGUAUGUUUUGAGUAAUUCAGCAAAUGAAGAAUUGCUACUGCUGCCCUCAGAAGUAAUGUGUGGCGUAGGUUUCUUGGUGUUUGAGGCUCUUGUGUAUAUGAAUGUAUGCAGUUAUGAACCUAUGUAGAAAUUUGCUUGUUCUGUAUUUUCCUUCAUAAUUUUUUUAAAAUGCAUUUUAUGCACAUUGUAGAGCAGGGAUAUACAAACAAAAUAAACUUUUUGUAAUAAUUUCUAAAA